AUGGCUUCCUCAUCGACGCCCAUUACCCCGUUGCUCUUCUCGUGCAUAGCGCACAACACCACCAUCCUCAGCGAAUGCACGACAUCGGCCUCGUCGCAAACCUCCUCCCUCGCCUCUGUCAUCCUGCCCAAGAUCGAGCACAACACCCCCCAGAAGCUCACCUACACCCACGGCUCGCACCACAUUCACUACAUCGCAGAGGCGCCUUCCGAUCACCCGGACCACCCAUCCGCCGGCGGCCUCACCUUCCUCGUCAUCGCCGACGCCUCGCUGGGUCGCCGCAUCCCCUUUGGCUUUCUCUUUGAGAUCCGACGCCGCUUCCUCGAGCAGUUCCCCGCCGAGACCACCGACUAUGCCGAACUCCCCAACUACGGCGCUGCCAGCUACAAUGGCCAGCUCAAGAAAUUCAUGGUUGACUACGGCACCACGAGCGGCGGCAAGGACGAUGCCAUCUCCAACGUCCAGCGCGAGAUUGACGACGUCAGGGGCAUUAUGACGCGCAAUAUCGAGGGUUUGCUCGAGAGGGGCGAGCGCAUUGAUCUGCUCGUCGACAAGACUGACCGUCUCGGCGGUAGCGCCCGCGAGUUCCGCGUCCGCAGCCGCGGCCUGAAGAGGAAGAUGUGGUGGAAGAAUGUCAAGCUCAUGGCGCUCCUUACGCUAGUCGUGGUGCUCAUCGUUCUCGCGAUUGUGAUCGCGGUGAAGAACUGA